AUGAGAAAAUGGAAUUCUUCUCUUUCGUGCAUUAGAAAACAGAUUAUUGGGGCGGCGGGAGGAGCGGCGGCGGCCAAGCCCCCCAGCUUCGCGAAGGCUCUCGGCGCGCCGCGGCCCCCGGGCACCCGGCACGCGCCCAAGAGGAAGGUCAGCUGCGCCGAGGGGGCGGCGAAGGAGGAGCCCGAGAGGAGGUCGGCGCGGUUGUCAGCUAAACCGGCUCCUGCAAAAGUGGAAACGAAGCCAAAAAAGGCGGCAGGAAAGGAUAAAUCUUCCGACAAACAAGUGCAAACAAAAGGGAAAAGGGGAGCAAAGGGAAAACAGGCUGAAGUGGCUAACCAAGAGACUAAAGAAGACUUACCUGCUGAAAAUGGAGAAACUAAAAAUGAGGAGAGCCCAGCUUCUGAUGAAGCAGGAGAGAAAGAAGCCAAGUCUAAUUAAUAUCACACACCUGGUCCUA